AUGCCCCGGUCAGACGCCCCCUCUCCCCGUGUCCCCGCCCCCUCUGCCCCCGUCCCCGCCCCCUGCCCCCUGCUGGAGCUGCUGUCCCUGCCGGCCCUGCUGUGCUCCUGGCUGCUGGCCCUGUCGUGCUGCCUGUGUCCGUGGAUGGAGCUUCAGUCGGAGCUGGUGGAGCUGGAGAAGGUUCAGGUGGGUCUGUGGUCGGGCUGCGUGGUCCAGGAGACGGUCUUCAGCUGUAAACCUCACAGUUCGCUCCUCAGCCUCCCCCUGCCGCUGCUGCUGGGGCGGGGCCUCCUGCUGGGGGCGCUGCUGAGCGGAGCCGCCGCCGUCGCCGUCACCGUGCCCGGACUCAGGCUCGUACGGCUGCCCAAGUGUGUGGGCGGGGCGUCUCCUGAGGUGUUGAAGCGCAGACUUCGCGGUUGCGGGGCGGUGCUGUGCGUGCUGGCGGCGGCGUUGGAGGCGUGUCCUGUGUCGUGGGCGGGGCACGUGACGGUGCGGCGCUUUCGUGAGGACGCCGCGCUGCAGAUGGCGCCGCGCUGGGACCUGGGCCUUGGCCUGUUCCUGGGAUGGACCUCCGCCGUCGUCUACGUCCUGACCGCGGGGGCGCUGUGGAGCUCCUGCCGGGAGGAGGGCGGGGCUACGGAGCAGAGGGACGGGGCUACGGGGCAGAGGGGCGGGGCUACGGGGCAGAGGGGCGGGGCUACGGGGCAGAGGGGCGGGGCCAGGCAGGAGUAUGUCUGA